CGCGAUGACUGUGGGAGCCCCCUUUCCUACAUGAGGACGUUCCGGAGGACCGAGAGCAAGUGCAGAUUGCAGGCGGCAGAGGGUCGCUCAUGUUCGGCGUCCAGCGCGGAGGCAGCGGCGGCCCGAAGGAGGAGCCGCCGCCGGGGGGCAUGAACGCCGUCCAGGGGUGGAUGCAGGGCGGCGUGCCGGUGCCGGUGCCGGUGCCGGUGUCGGCGUCGGCGGGCGGCGUGCUGCACGCCAACACCGCCGCGCAGAGCGGGGUGUCCGUGAGCCGGGCCCACUUCGAGAAGCAGCCGCCCUCCAACCUGCGCAAGUCCAACUUCUUCCACUUCGCGGUGGCGCUGUACGACCGACGAGGGCAGCCCGUGGAAGUGGAGAGGAGCGCCUUCGUGGACUUCGUGGAGAAGGACAAGGAGAGCGCGGGCGAGAAGACCAACAACGGCGUCCAUUACCAGCUGCAGCUGCUCUACACUAACGGCGUCAGGACGGAACAAGACUUUUACGUCAGACUCAUCGACUCCGCCAGCAAAGAGCCCAUCGUGUACGAGGGCCAGGACAAGAAUCCCGAGAUGUGUCGAGUUCUGCUCACGCACGAGAUCAUGUGCAGUCGCUGCUGUGACAAGAAGAGUUGCGGCAAUCGCAACGAGACGCCGUCAGACCCCGUCAUCAUCGACAGGUUUUUCCUCAAGUUUUUCCUCAAGUGCAACCAGAACUGCCUGAAGAACGCCGGAAACCCGCGAGACAUGAGGAGGUUCCAGGUGGCGCUGUCGACGACGGUGAGCGUGGAGGGUCACGUGCUCGCCGUGUCCGACGACGUCUUCGUCCACAACAACUCCAAACACGGCCGCCGCGUGCGCAGGCUCGACCCGGCGGACGCGCCGCUCUCAAACCUCCGCCACGGAGGGCCUCCGUGCAUCAAAGCCGUCAGCCCCGGCGAGGGUUGGACCACAGGGGGCGCCGCGGUCAUCGUCAUCGGAGAAAACUUCUUCGACGGCCUGCAAGUCAUCUUCGGGUCCGCGAUGGCCUGGAGCGAGCUGAUCACGCCACACGCCAUCCGCGUGCAGACGCCGCUGCGGCACAUCCCGGGCGUGGUGGAGGUCACGCUCUCCUACAAGUCCAAACACUUCUGCAAAAGCACGCCUGGACGCUUCGUGUACACAGCUCUCAACGAGCCCACCAUCGACUACGGCUUCCAAAGACUACAGAAGGUCAUCCCCCGUCACCCCGGAGACCCCGAGAGGCUGCCAAAGGAGGCCAUCCUGAAGCGAGCGGCCGACCUGGUGGAGGCGCUCUACGUCCUGCCGCGCAACGACCAGGAAACGGCGGCGGACAUCGCCGAUGCGCUGUACGGCGUCCCCGGAGGACACGCCCGGCCGUCGGUGGACGCGUCGGAGCCCCCGCGGACCGAUCGGGGCUUCAUCCGGAGUAGCGGCGGUCGCGGCGCGUGCCCUCACGGCUACGCCUCCGCGCCGCAGCACGCCGGCUACUCCCACACGCCCCCGCCGCUGCACGCCGCCAUCAACGCGUACGCCAACAACGCCGCCGUCGGCAACCUGGGAGCGUCGCUCACCUUCGGCAACACGUCGCCUUACGCAAUGGUCCCUUCCGGCCCGACGAUGUCGAUGUCGUCGUCAUCGUCGUCGUCCACAUCGCUAGCCGCCAACUGUUCGUCGUCGUCGGCGGCGGCCGUCUUCUCGUUCUCGCCCGCCACAUUGGUGCCGGCGGCCGGCAAGCAGAAGUCGGCGUUCGCCCCGGUGGUCAGAGCCUCGUCCUCACCCCCGCCGCCAUCUUGUGCCAACGCCAACGGCCUCCGAGGUGACGCAAUGACCACCAGGACGUCAUCGCACGUUUCCUCCUUUUUGCAUCCUAACUUCUCUUCUUGCGUGUGUGUUUUUUUCUUUCUGUGUGUGCGUGUGUCUCGUGUAUGUGCGCGCGCGCACGCAGACGCAAACUUUGCAGCGUGUGUCAAGUUGCCGUCGGGCGUCCUUCCGGGGUUGGCCUUCAGCUGAAGUAUGCCCCGCCUCCUCUCGUGACCCCACUUCCUGUUGUAGCGUCUCCCACUUCCUGCCUGUCAAUCACCUUUUGGCCUCACCCUUCCUCGCACCCUCCUCAUCCUCACGUGCGCCAUUUGAGCCCUGCCCUGUCUUCCUAUUGGCUCAUGAAUGAAACUGGAACUGACAUCAUUUCUUUGUGUACGUUUUCUGAAUAUGUUGAUUUUCAUUUUAUCGUCACUGAAACUUUUAUCUCCCUCUUCCUCCUCGUCCUCUUCCUCAUAGCGACCGUGCCAGGAACGGUUGCCCUGCCAAUGUAAACGUGUGUGCGUGUGCGAUUGACACGAUCCCGGCCCUCCAAAAGGACCUCCUCAACUCAUCCGGACCUAGCGUGAAGACGGGAAGGAAGUUGUUUUUAUUUUGUUUUUGUGCAGCGCUUCAUUUCAUCAGGUUGUUUGUUUGCUGGUCGGGCCCACGGAAAUCGGCCAAUCACCGCUGAGAUGUUUUGUUGUUUUGAAUAUCGUUCAUUGAUUCAUUUGGCCAAAUCCUUCCUGUAAUCAUGUCAUGACUUAACAUUCAAUGAUUUCAGUCUUAAUGAGUGACGAAUUGUCUUAAUUGAAUGAAGUGAUGAUUUCAUUUGAGUUUUCGUCUUAAGUCACCUUUUUCUUCUUCGUUUUUCAACCCGUCCAAGUUUUGGUGCCUCAGCCGCUGCCGUCCGAUUUGAUUCGUCGCCAUGGUUACCGCCUGUGAACUUCGGCCGUGUCGGAUGAGGCCUUCCUUGCGUCAAAACAAGACAUCUAUUUAUUUUGUUUUCUCUCGCUUUGUGUGUGCGCGCCAGGAGAAAAACAACAACAAAACAAAACAC